CGCUGUGGCGGCGCGGAGCCCAACCGGCAGCGCCGUAGCGCACAGCGCAGCGCCCGGCCCGGCCCAGGUCCCCGCAGGUCCCCGUCCCGCGGCCGGAGGAUGGCGGAGGAGCGGCCGCCGCAGCUGCUGGAUUACUUCGUGGUGGCGGGGCUGGCGGACGCGUCGCGGCCGCUGGAGGACGCGGAGCAGCGGCCGGCGCGGCGCGGGGAGCCGAUCACGGACGUGGCGCUGAUCAUCCGCUCGCAGGGCGAGGAGGUGCCGCACGGCUUCACGUGCAUCGAGCGCACGGCCGGCGGCCGCCCGGCGGAGCUGAGCGCGGGGCUCCUGCACAGCGCGCAGAUGUUCCUGUGCUACCGGCGCGGCCGCGACAAACCGCCGCUGCUCGAGCUGGGGGUUCACUGCGAGGGCCGCGACGCGCCGCGCCCCGGUUUCCGCCUGGUGGACACGACGCCGUACAGCCGCUGUGCCAACCUGGCGGCCGGCGCCCCGGGCGCCCCGCGCUGCUUCCUGUCGUACCGGCGGGCGGCGGAGCGCGGCCACGCGGCGCUGGGCGUCACCGAUCUGUGCCUCGUGAUGCCGGGCCGCGGCGAGAGCGUCCCGCACACCUUCAGCCGCGUGGAGCGCAGCCUCAACUGCGGCACGUGGGGCCCGGCGCUGUUCCUGUGCUACAAACUCGCCAUGGCCAAAGGGAACACGCUGGUGUACGAGGCAGGGCUGCUGGGCCGUUACCCGGAGGAGGACAGCGCCGCGUUCCCGCUGCCCGGCUCUGUGCCCGUCUUCUGCCUCCCCAUGGGGGCCACCAUCGAGAGCUGGCCGGCCGGCACCAAAUACCCGCUGCCCGUCUUCUCCACCUUCGUGCUGACCGGCGCCUCCGGGGACAAGGUGUACGGCGCCGCCAUCCAGUUCCACGAGCCGUUCCCGGCCGAGCGGCUGUCGGAGAAGCAGCGGCUGCGCCUGGGGCUGCUGAGCGUGGUGGACCGGCGCCCCGUGGGCGGCCGCUCGCUGCACAGCCGGAAGAGCAUCUGCGUGCUGUCGCACUGGCCGUUCUUCGACGUCUUCCGCAAGUUCCUCAUGUUCCUCUACCGCUACUCCGUGUCGGGGCCCCACGUCCUGCCGCUCGAGGCGCACAUCGCGCACUUCAUGCACAACGUCCCCUUCCCGUCCCCGCAGCGCCCGCGGAUCCUCGUGCAGAUGUCCCCAUACGACAGCCUGCUGCUGUGCCAGCCCGUCUCGUCGCCGCUGCCGCUCAGCGGGGCGAGCUUUGUGACCCUGCUGCAGACGCUGGGCGCGGAGCAGGCGGUGGCGCUGCUGGUGGCCGUGCUGACGGAGCAGAAGCUGCUCAUCCACUCCCUGCGGCCCGACGUGCUGACCAGCGUGGGAGAGGCGCUGGUGUCGAUGAUCUUCCCCCUGCGCUGGCAGUGCCCCUACAUCCCGCUGUGCCCGCUGGCGCUGUGCGACGUGCUGAGUGCCCCCGUGCCCUUCGUUGUAGGCCUGCAUUCCAGCUACUUCGACCUCCACGAGCCGCCGCGCGACGUCAUCUUCGUGGACCUGGACACCAACAGCAUCUUCCACCGUGAUCCUCGAGGUCCCUUCCGACCCAAACCGUGCCGCGGUUCCGUGACCCCCAGCCCUGUUCCUCUCCAGGAGAUGAAGGUGGCCCAACGCGUGGCACAGAAGUACUCCUCGGUGCCCGACAUGUGGGCCAAGUGUCUGCUGGGGCACUGCUACGGGCUGUGGUUCAUCUACCUGCCCACCCACGUCCGUGCCGCACCAUCCAAGGUGCGCGCGCUGCAGCUGGCCUACGAGGUGCUGCGCCAGAUGGAGAGCCACAAAGUGGUGCUGCCCGACGAGGUGUGCUAUAGGAUCCUGAUGCAGCUGUGCGGGCAGUACGGCGAGCCGGUGCUGUCGGUGCGGGUGCUGCUGGAGAUGAAGCGCGCCGGCAUCGUGCCCAACACCAUCACCUAUGGGUACUACAACAAGGCGGUGCUGGAGAGCAAAUGGCCGGCGAGCACCCAGGGAGGGCGGCUGCGGUGGGCGAAGCUGCGCAAUGUGGUGCUGGGCGCCGCGCAGUUCCGGCAGCCGCUGAGGCAGAGGCAGCAGAGGGCAGCAGAGCUCCAGGCCCCCCCCCCGCAGCCCCCCCGGCCCCGCGCCGCCCUGCAGCGCCAAACCACGUGGGCCGGGCGCAGCCUUCGGGACCCCCCCGCAGCCCCCAGGUUGGUGAAGAGCGGCAGCCUCAGCUUCCCCCGAGCCGAAGCGCCCACCCUGGAAGCCGGAGUCGGGCAGAUGCUGCGAGCCCUGGGCGCCCCGGACCCCCCCCCGGCGCGGGACGCGGCGUCGGCGGAGGGCAGCCUGUCUGACGUCAGCUUCGCCACGGAUGAGAGCGAGAGGGCGGACGAGGGGGGGCCGGGGGGCUCCGGGCGGGAGGAGGAGAGCGGCGGGACCCCCAGGAGGGGGCUGGCGGCCAAACUGCAGCAGCUUUUGUCCCCGGGGAGGAAACCCUCGGCCCGGCACGCGGCCGAGCGGCGCGGCGGCCACCGGGAGCGGAGCGAAGCGGGGGGGGGCGGCACCGAGCAGCGCGAGGCCCCCCAGCGCCGCAGCCCCAUGGAGACCCUGCUGCACCCCAGGGAGAGACCCGGCUCCACCGCCUCCGAGAGCUCCGUCUCGCUGGGCAGCGACUUCGACUUCGAGGCGUCGCCGGGCAGCCAGAAAGGCGGUGAAGCCCCCAGGGAUGCGACGCCGGAGCCCCCCGGUGUGGAGGUGCUGCUGUCCAGCUGCUCGCGGUGCCAGGGCUGCGGCUCGUUGGUGUACGACGAGGAGGUGAUGGCAGGAUGGAGCUCCGACGACUCCAACCUCAACACCACGUGUCCCUUCUGCGGCCGAGCCUUCGUGCCCUUCCUCAGCAUCGAGAUCCAGGACUUCCAGGCGCCCAGGUGGGACCCUGCUGGUGCCCGUGGUGCCCCGUCCUGCCAGCAUCCCCUCCAGCCAUCCCCAUUAUUCCCAGCUCUUCUGCUCCCGUCAUCCCUGUCUCCUCACUGCCAUCAUCCCAUCCAUCCACCCCCAUUAUCCCCCAUCCUUCCAUCCCAGCAUCCCCUCCAUCCACCCACCCACCCAUCCAUGUGGGGGGGGGGUCGCUCUGUGGGGGCUCCGUGGGGAAGCGCUACUCACAGCCCCCCCGCAGCCGCGUUCGACAAGAAGUACCGCUCCGCGUUCAGCAAGCUGGCGGGCAGCCUGGGCAAGGAGGAGCUGCGGCGGCGGCGGGCGCAGCCCCCCAGUUCCAAAGCCAUGGACUGCCGCAAGAGCUUCGGGGCCCCGCUGGAGUGUUAGGGGCCGGGGGGGCGCACACGACCCCCCCCCCGCCGCAGCCCCGCGGGUUUUUUAUGUCAGUGUUCAUAGAUAUGAUUAUUUUUUAUUUAUUCCUCCUCCCGUCACUGGAAGCCCCCCCCGGGGGGGGCACCCCGCACUGUGCAAUACGGCUCCCCGCCCCCCCCCCGGGGCGCCGAUGUCAAUAAAGCCGCCGCAGUAUUUUCUCCGC